AUCAGGCACGGGUUCAGGACUCCCCUGGAGACGAAAGACGUUCAAAGAGAGGACCGUCUUCUGAUCAGGCACGGGCCCACGAAUACCCUGGAGAGGAGGAGCAUUCAAAGAGAGGACCGUCUUCUGAUCAGGCACGGGUUCGGGACUCCCCUGGAGACGAAAGGCACGCAAAGAAGAAGGCAUCUUUUGGCCGGCCACAGGCCCACGAAUACCCUGGAGAGGAAGAACAUGCUGAUGGUGAUGAAAAUGUUCGAGGGGACGUAGUGGGUCGUCAAGGUGGGGAAGGAAACGCUGCUCAACGUAUGUCUCCUGGUGGGAAAGGUGCAGAAUCAAACGUGCAUACUGUAUCCUUCCCAGAGCACCCGAUAAAGGGGGAACAGAAGUCAGAGGACGACCACAAUGUUGGGGGUAUUCCUGAGUCUGAGCAUGAAAACGCAGGGGAGGCAGGUGAUCAGCAGCGGGAAGGGGUUGCUGGUCGGAAUUUAGCGGCCAGCACCAAGCCGCCGCGGGCCGCAAGGAGUACUCUUCCGGAUGAAGGGCCCAUAAUCUCCGGUGGGAAGUUGCAGCACCCUGGCAUUCCUUCUGGCUCCCUCAUCGGCCAACCGCUCUCCACAGCGCAGCCGGAGCGAGACCAAGGUGACAAAGCUACUCUGCGCCGCGGAGUGACGCCUCUUGGUGACGACACUCAGCUUCCAUCGCAGCAGUUGCAUCUGCCGAAGGUCAUCGCUGUGCGGCAGCCGUGGUUCCCUGCUGGGUUAUCUCAAACUGAGGACCACAUUCCACUUGAUAAGCGUGAAAGCUUUAUUCAUCGCGCGGAUUCUAUCAAGGAUUUGGAGCGACGCUCACGAGAGUCCUUAAAAAACAGUGGGCAUAAUGCGAGCCGGCACAACACACCGCGUGAGUAG